AUGUACAUUGAAAGAAUUUUCAGACGUGUCGUCUGCGGAGUGUUUUCAAAUGUUUGCGCUACACUCGUCAGAAUGUUGCUGGACAAUGACACAUUCCUCACAUCCCUUCACAAGCUUUUCAAUCAGUCAAAGUCUAGCGGAUCACUGUAUAUUACAAUGAAAAGAUAUGAUGGUCGAGUUAAACCUAUUCCCAAGCGGGUUCAAAAAGUAAAGGAUGUUCAUGUAACUAACGAAAAUAGCUGUCUUCUUCGAGCUACAUUAGGAAACCAGAAAAUUAGUACUGUGGUUCACCAGAAGGACAUGAAUAGAUUCAAUCAAGCUUAUUCCAAUCUCCUGAAAGCUAAUAUUGAUGGUUUGAAAAAACGUGAUAAACGUGUAAAGUCGACAAAUAUAUCAAGUAAACUCAAUCGACCCAAGACAGAAAAAGGCUAAUGCAAUACAUAAUAUUCGGGAUUUUGACCAAUUUCAUCAUACUUAAUGUAUUUAUUUUCAGUUCUCUGUACAUAAUAUUGUAUUCAAUUUCCGGUCAUGUUGGUGAUAUAAUAAAAAUGUGUGUACCCUUAGACUUUCGUGUAAAUUAAAUAAAUGGUAAUGCUUUGUA